CGACACUUUUUUGCGACAAACACCACCGCUGCUACAACGCCAAUUCUGACAAGUCAACCCUCCCCCAAACCCAUCCCCACAUUAUCGCAAUGGACUCUUUCGGCGGAGCUCUUGGCGGCGGCGACCCCAAGUCGCAGAUCAUGCGCCAGGUCCAGCAGGAAGCUGCGAUGCAGAAUGCGCGCAUGCUGGUCGAGAAACUCAACGAGCACUGCUUCGACCGCUGCGUGCCGAAGCCCGGCGCUUCGCUCUCCAAGGGCGAGGAGGGCUGCUUUACCGCUUGCAUGGAGAAGUACAUGUCCGCCUGGAACACCGUCUCCAAGACCUAUGUCGCGCGGAUACAGAAGGAGUCACAGAGCGGCGCCGCGCUUUCCAACACCUUCUAGACGGGACUUGAUGGAAUUGACGAGGAAGAGACGGACUCGAAGGCAGCCAAUAGUGAAUGGCUGCGCAACGAGAGGAACCGCCGAAGCCUGUUGGCUGGACGGCAGCAUGGAACGAUACUUGAUUGUAUAAUAAAUAGGCGCAUGUGCGCCAGAUGCGACAUGCUUAGAAUACAUGCAUUGGAACGGCGGCAUGGGGGCUGUAAAACAAUGUACGAUACUACCGGUCUGCGCAUAGAUCUCUGGAGAAUGAUAAACGCGUACAACACGAAAA